UUGUAGGCCUAUUGGUUAGUUUCAUUUUAAGGCUACUUUCAGUUCCGACUGCGAGGGAUAAGAGCUCGAUAGGUUUCAACGCUUUUCCAACACCCAGACUACAAUUGACAUCAUACAAAAACAGAGACAAGGACACAACAACAUAGUCUCCAAAAGCCAGAGAAAAGAGCUUGACCAUGGCUGACGAUUAUGCCAUUAUUGAUGAGGAUGAGGUGAGGGAGAUCAGGGAUGCACUGGAAAACCAGACCUUGACUUCAGCCGUGGCUAAGAUCCAGGACUACUUUGAGCAGAUUGACCGUGUGGAACUAAAUAUUGCCAUCACUGGAGAGUCUGGCUCUGGCAAGUCCACCUUUGUCAAUGCAUUCCGGGGUCUGGGGGAUGAAGACGAGGGCGCAGCUCCAACCGGCGUGGUUGAGACCACCAUGGAGCCAACCGUGUACCCCCACCCUAAAUAUCCCAAAGUCAAAGUGUGGGACCUUCCCGGGAUUGGGACACCCAAUUUCAAAGCAGACGAGUACCUUGAAAAAGUAGAAUUCAAACGCUAUGAUUUCUUCAUCAUCAUCAUCUCAGAACGUUUCAAAGUCAACAAUGUGCAGCUGGCCACAGAGAUCCAACGCAUGAAGAAGAGGUUCUACUUUGUUCGCUCAAAGAUUGACAACAGCAUACAUGCAGAGAAAAGGAAGAAGGACUUUGACGAGGAAAAAACCCUCAGUAUAAUUCGGGAAGACUGCAUGAAAGGCCUCCUGGAAAAUGGGGUGGCAUCUCCCACGGUCUUCCUUAUCUCCAGCUUUGACCUGCAGCUCUACGACUUCCCAAAGCUGGAGGAGACGAUGGAGAAAGAGCUGCCCAAGCACAAGCAACGUGUCCUCCUUCUGUCACUGCCCAACAUCACCCUGGACAUCAACAAGAAGAAGAAAGAGGCCCUGCAGACCAACAUAUGGAAGGUGUCCCUGCUGUCAGGCACCGUGGCAGCCAUACCCAUCCCAGGUCUAUCUGUGGUGGUGGAUGUUGGCAUCCUGGUCAAAGAGCUCAGCAGUUAUUACCAGGCUUUUGGCCUGGAUGAUGAAUCCCUGAAAAACCUCUCUGACAAAACGAACGUACCUCUGGAGGAACUGAAAGCGGUCCUCACAUCCCCCCUCAACAAGGAGAUAUCGGGCGAUGUGGUCAUCAAGUUGCUCACCAAAUUUGCCGGAGCAGGGUUAAUGUUGCUGGAGUACUGGGCCAGCACAAUCCCGGUGUUCGGCUCCAUGGCGGCCGCGGGAAUCUCGUUCGCCACCACCCACAGGAUGCUGACAAGCUGCUUGAAUGAGCUGGCAGAGGAUGCACAAAACGUCCUGAUGAGAGCUUUGCAGACAGAGGUGUGAAGAAACUACUUCUCUGCAGUUCAAGUGCCUUUCUGUACUAGUGCCUUUGAUCUUGAUGAAGAUGUUCUCAUAGAAAUUAGGUUGUAUAUUUUUGAGCAAUAUGUAGUACUGUUUGUUACAUUACAUUACAUUACAGGCAUUUGGCAGACGCUCUUAUCCAGAGCGACGUACAGUUGAUUAGACUAAGCAGGAGACAAUCCUCCGCAAGCAAGCAAUCUUUGUAACGAGACACCAUGGACAAAUACUUAACAGGAUUGUUCAUUUUACAUAAUGAAAAUGAUCUACAUCUCAUGAAAUGUAUCCAUGUCUUUUGGUAUUAUGGGACAUUCAUUGGGGCUGGUAUUUAUUCUGGUAUAUUUCUUUUAAAUAAAACGAAUGAAUCUCCCAAGUAACUCGAUCUGUAACCAAUAUAAUCUACCUAUGGGUUUAUAUUUAUGUAUGAAUUCUGUCUAUCUCUGCCCAUUUUCAUUUGUUAUGAACUUGAGUUUGACCUUUUUUUCUGUAUUCUAACUUUCUGAAAGAUAAGAGUGAGUAAAGUUUGUGGAAAACAA